CUCUGCUGUUCAAGGGAGCAACAGAGGAGAGCAUGUUCUGAAGUAGAUUAAAACAAUCAAAAAUAAAUUAUUUGCACAGUUAUUGUGGAUGUAGCCUGAAUUGAACUUUUGGGGAUUUGCUGUUGUUUGCUUUGUGUGUUGCUCAACAGUUAUGUUGUGUAUUAAUGUUUUAGAGCAACUGAGUCAUGGUGCUGGAUGACUGAAAAAUACAACUGAGUGGCAAUAUUCAAUUUUGCAUUUUCAAAUUUUUUUUUUACAGGUGAAAAUCAGUUUCUCAUCAAAAAGAAGACGUCCUCACAGAGAGAGACGGACAGCGAUGUACCCGAACGCAUCUUCCUUACUAACACUAGAGACACUGGGUUUGUCUGGUGUCACCAUUUAUCCUGCAUUUGUGUUUGCCACGCUGACCUACAUGUUGAUCAUGUUCUUCAACUUGCUCCUACUGCUGGUUAUUGCUCUGAAUAAGAAGCUCCACAGACCCAUGUUCAUCCUGCUGAUCAACCUGCCCAUCAGCGACAUGACAGGUGCCACAGCUCUUUUCCCUCAGCUGCUCUCCAGCAUGGUGACUCAGAACAGACAGAUCUCUCACUCUGCCUGCAUGGCUCAGGCUUUCCUGAUUCAUUUCUACGGCACGGGGAACCUGCUCAUCCUCACAGCCAUGGCCUACGACAGAUACGUGGCCAUCUGUAGUCCUUUGAAGUACAACGCCAUAAUGACUCCAAAUAAAUUGACCAGUAUUGUCAUUGCAGUAUGGCUCAUGAACUUCCUGCUCAUAGUCACGUUGAUAUUGUUGCUUGCACGUUUUAAGUCGUGCAGGAUGACCAUCGUGGAUCUUUACUGUAACAAUCCCUCACUGCUGAAGACGGUGUGUGAGGACACCACAGUCAACAACAUCUUUGGACUAAUAUUCAUCUUCCUGCUACAGGGUGGAACUACAGUUCUUGUCAUAUUCUCGUACGCACAGAUUCUGCGCACGUGUGUCAUGAGCAAACAGACAGACGCAAGUAGAAAAGCCCUGCAGACGUGCGGCACGCAUUUGAUGGUUUUCAUCCUCCUUCAGAUCAAUACUUUAGUGACCCUCAUCUCUCAUCGAUUAGGGGGUGUAUCCCCGUUCCUCAGGAGACUUCUUGGAAUGUCCGUCCUUCUGUUUCCCCCCUUUUUAGACCCCAUUAUAUAUGGACUUAAAACGUCAGAACUGAAGCAGGGCAUCAAAAUGUUCAUGAAGAGAAUUGUAGUUGCAGGUUGUAGGAUAAAUCCAUAA